UUUUAACAGGAAUCCGCAAAGAAAACGAAUCGGAAAAUUUUUCACACGGGAGCGGUCUCAUAACGUGGACUAUAAGUUUGUUACUAACACACGUGAUAAUUGGAGUGGGGAUCGUGCCAUCACCCCACCUUCUAGGAUUCCAGAGGCGUCAGUUAUUUUUAUUUUUUGUCUCGCGCCGUGGUGUUGUUACAACAGGUGGAAAAUCGAAUUUGAAAAGUAAUUGUGAUAACGUUGAUAAAAUGAAAAUUUUACCUGUUCUUAUGUUAAUGAUAGGUGCUAGUUUGCAAGAUAAAAUUUGCACAACAGUCAACAGCUUAGACGCAGCCUGUGGUAAUGUUGCCCGUGGUACUGAACCCUACGAAUGCGAUACUGUUAAAUCAAAGGUUAGCUGCGUUUUGCAUAUUGAUAGAGGCGAACAUCAGUUUGCUGUUUUGGACCCCGAAGAAGCCCUUUUGGGGGCAAGUUUUGCUUCCGAUAAUGUUUCUGUGAUAGGAGAAAUUGUUGGUGAGAACCAACCGUAUCAGACAGUCGUCGUUGUUCGCAAACAAUACACUAACUUCGAGAGCUUAAGGGGAAAGAGGUUCUGCCAUCCUGGAUUUGUUCAUGAUGAACUCGUAACGAAAUUCGUCCUGAAUGAAUUCGAAAAGAAGAUUAUUGAUGCCAAUCAGACGUACUGUGAGAAUAAACAGGCAUCAACACUCAUCGAAAAAGAACUAUCUGUUUUAUCAAAUUUCUUUGGAAGUGCCUGUCGUCCAGGUCCAUGGGUUGAAGAUAAUGAUGACCUAGAUAAAGAUCUUAAAUCUAAAUAUUCCAACCUAUGUGAUCUUUGUGGACCUGAAAAAUGCAACGUCAACUACAAGACUCCAUUCAACGAUUCCUUGAAUUGCCUCGAAUCUGGUGGAGAUGUAGCCGUCACAAGCCUUUCCAGAGCCUUAGUGUUUCUAAACAAAAGUACCAAUGCUGAUAGGUACCAAUAUCUUUGUCCUAAUGACACUAUUAGCACGACCAUUCCUUGCGUAUGGACCAAACAACUGAAUAGACUGAUCGUAACAGGAAGGACUAGAGUCAAUGAGGUCUCGGACUACCUGAAGAAAAACUUACCAGCUAACACCGCAUUUGCAUCUCAAAGUUUAGGAAUGCUCCCUAUAAAAGACUCUCUACUAGAACUUCUUAAAAUGAAAUCCACUGAUAAAAUUAAUUAUCUUCCUGACACUUCACUGUCCAAGCAUGUAGCAGGUAUCAGAUCUAUCCCAUCACUUUCGAAUAACACUCGUUGUAAAGAAGUAGUUAACUGGUGCACAUUGAAUGACAAAGAACAGCAAAAAUGUAAAUGGUUCGCACAAGCUGCCUUAAACGUUGGUCUUGAACCUGUCGUAGAUUGCAAACAAAGUUCGGAUAACGAUACGGUGUCUUGCUUAAUUGAUCUACAAAACAAUAAAUCUGAUGUGAUGUAUUCCGACGUUACUUAUGGAUAUAUUGCUCUCAAAAAAGGCUUGCAACCUAUCGCUUAUCCAGAAACCUUCAAGACUAAUAUUUCUUACGUAGUAAUAGCUGUGAAGAACGGCACAAGCAUUAAGAGUUUAAAUGAUCUCCAAGGAAAGCAAUCUUGUUUCCCUCGAUAUGGUGGAAGAGAAUGGCUGGUGUUUAUUGACACAUUGAGGACACAGAACAUAGUCUCAAAGAAGUCUUGCGAUUACAGUGCAAUAUUCAGCGAUUUCGUCGGUAGCAGUUGCGUGCCUGACGCCCGAUCCAAAGAUUUCGGAUUUAGCACCGGGGAUAGUGACAAGUUGUGCGCACAAUGCAUUCCUGUUUCGAAUUUACAUACCGCAGUUUAUUGUAACGCAGAUGAUGAUAAUAAAUAUUAUGGAACCGAUGGUGCCUUAAGAUGUCUUUCAAGUGGUGCUGGAGAAUAUGCUGUUAUAACUCUGAAAGAUAUCAAAGAGUUCAACGGAUCUAAAGAUUUCCAAAUUCUGGCGAAAAAUGGUUCUGUCGUAACCACAAACUUCUGGUUUGAUCCCAACAUGGACGAUAUAGCACUGGCAGUGAUUACUUCAGGUCAAGUUCUUAUCCAGAAAGACUCUCCUAAAAAAGAAGAUAUUAGAUUUUUACUAAAUGGAAUUGACGUUGAAUUCGCACAACAUCUUAGAAGCCCGUUCAGAAUGUACGAAAGGUUUAACGGCGAAUCAGAUUUACUCUUCCCAGAUAACACUCCAGGAAUUGACGUUGACGGUAGCGGGGUCACUGCCAAAUACGUAGAAAACUACAAAGGACUAUUGAAGCGUUCCGAAGACUGCAUAGUAAACCCCAAUAGCGCUUAUAGCAUCAUUCCAUCCACUAUUUUAUUGACCGUGAUAAUGCUUAUUGUAAGAUUUUAGAUAUUGAUUUGUAUAGUUACCUAACUAGGACUGCUCUCCUUUUUUGCAAAACUCAGGUUCAUAGAAUGUAUAAGUGUUAUUAUAUUUAAAAUACUAUAAAUAUUUAUUGCAUUAAGUACCAAUGACGUAUAUUAUAUUUAUAUUAUAGACCCAGCAGUUGCCUCUGCUUAAUAUAUAAUUUGGUGCCAUAAAUACCUAUGGAAGUGGAGGGUUAAUGAGUUUUCAUCAAAAGUAAAUCUAAACUAGUUAGAAAAAUUAUAUUUAAAUGAUUUUAAUAAAAAAAAAUAAAAAAAACAAUGGAAGUUGUUAAGUAUUCAAUGUAUAAUAAUUUAUUUAUUAAAUUAACUAAACGCCUUUACUGACUAUCAACACAUAACCUAAUGUUUAUAAAACAGUAUACAUUUCAAAAAUAACUUACCUGAAAAGUGAUAAUGUUUCGCUCUUCGAAUUUCUGGGACCAAAAACAUGACACCUAAAUAGACAAGGCGAAAACGGCGGGUUCUUUGGAGAAAAUAUUCCCAUGAGAUUUUUUUGCAUAAUCAAAUUCGUGAGAUAUUCCAGAAUAAGAUUCCAAAAGUCGCCCACGCGAAAAGUGGUCUAAAUUUUUUUUAAUCAAAUUGCAAAAAUCAAUAUUUUUGACCGGAACAAUUUUUUUUGCGUUUUUUGGACCAUUCUGGAUAAAAAAGGUCUCUUAUAAUUUUUCUCUGAAGUUAAUCGUUUUCGAGGUAAAAGCAUUUUAAAAUUGAAAAAAACGAAAAAUGGCGAUUUUCAAGGCUUAAUAACUCGGUUAAAAGUUAUUACUAUGAAAGUCAGAAAGUAAUUAAAUGAAAGUUUAAAGCCCCCCCUACAAGAUCCAGAAGAAAUUUUUGUCAUUACUUGAUUACUAAGCUGUUAUUUUUAAGUAAAAAUAAUGAGCGCCAUGCACGUAUUAGGCGGCCGUCCAUGAUGAGUGCGAAUGAGAUGCCAUUUAGGCAGUCCAGUGGCGCAUCUCACUCGCACUCACAUUUACAGCCGCGUCAAUACGAUCUUACCCCUCAUUAUUAAUAAUUAAUAAUAACAGCUUAGUAAUAAAUUAAUGACACAAAUUUCUUCAGGAUCAUGAAGGGGGGGCUUUAAAUUUUGAUUUAGUCUUUUUCUAAUUUUCAUAAUGAUAAUUUUUAACCGAGUUAUUAAGUCUUAAAAAUGGCGAUUUUCGCGUUUUUCAAAUUUUAAAUUGCUUAUAACUCGAACAUGAUCAGCUUUAGAGAAAAAUUAUAAGAGACCUUUUCUGUCCGGAAUGGUCCGAAAAAUCUAAAAAACAUUUCUCUGGGACGAAAAUAUUGAUUUUUGCAAUUUGAUUAAAACAAUUAUUAAAAAAAAAUUGGGCCACUUUUCGCGUAAGCGACUUCUUGAACCUUAUUCUGGGGUGUCUCACGAAUGUGAUUAUGCAAAAAAAUCUCAUGGGAAUAUUUUUUCCAACGAACCCGCCGUUUUCGUCUUGUCUAAAAUGAUAUUUUACGAAAAUAAAUAAAUGACCUUCAAAAAUUUAAAACAAAAUUUGCUUGCUAGCUUGGUUAUUGACUGCGUUCACCAGAUGCAAACACGUUCACAACUGUUUGCGCUUUGAUUCUAAACUUGUUGACAGCGAGUUGAACGGUUGGUUGUUUAUUAGGUUAAAGUUUGACAUUUUGCUUGCUUGGGUUAAAGUUUUGAACGUAACCUAAAAUAAAUUUUCUCAAUAAAUACGUUUUUGAAUUUAUUUUUUUUUUAUUAAAGGAAAAAAGAAAAUUUAUUUAAUAGAUAAUAACAUAGCAGAAUGUCUUCAGUAGCCUUUAUUUUAUAUAUAAAACCCUUAUCAAUAUAUUCUACAAUAUAUACAAUUUAAAUUCCCGCCAUAUUUUUUCAAUAUUCAACACGUUUGCAAAGUUCAACUUAAAUAUUUUAUGUUUGCAAAAAUGGCGACCGCUUUCCAAACAUGUUUGACGUUAGCAUGUCGUUCAGAAGCAUAAAGCGCAAACUGAUUGCCAACGUUUGCAUCUGGUGAACGCGCCCAUUGGCCUUGCUUUAUGCAAUUUGGCCAGCUCAAUCAGGUUGGCGGUCACCACGUUGACUGGCUCAUGACCAUGGCGGGCCCGCCGAAUAUGUCUACUUCUUGAUUUUUUGAAGUAAAUUGGCUAUGGUGAUAACUUUGACUAAAUAUUUACUUUUUGUACAAGGUUAGUAAGCGAACAUAUGGGUGUUAUGCAAUAAUUAGUAAUAAGCAUGAAUUAGAAAUGAGGUGUAGCUAAUAGUUGAGCAUUAUAAUUUUAUUCUGUUUAUGCUAAGAAACUUCAUAAUUGCUUUGAUUGAUUCUUCAUCUACGUUAUGUAAAAUUGAAUAUAUUGUUAUCGGGGUUGGAAGUCCUUUAUUGGCGGAAAAUUGUGUAGGUAUAAUAAUAUGUCCCUUAUUGGACGUUGGAAAAAAAUUGUAGAUAUCCCAGUUUGGAAUGGAGUUAAUAGGGCAUUCAAAAAAUAUGUGAUUAAGAUUUUUUAUGGACCCACAUUCGCAAUAGGGAUUGUCUGUCAAGUUCAUUCUAAAUAUAGGCAAGUUUUCUUUGUUAGACAGUGCCCUGUACGUAACCUAAAAAUAAAAAUUUGCUUUUCACAUUAACAAACAAACAAACAAAAUGAUAUUUGACACCAAUGACGUAUGGUCUUUUGAUUACAUCUGUCAACUUCGUAAAAAAUCUUUAACGUUUCGUGGGUUUUAUGCAACUUCGUAUCAAAACCAUAAAAAACAACAAAGGGAGUAAUGUUUAUGACACUUUUAAUGGUUAUGAGCAUUGGCUGUGUCUAUAUAUUAUACGUCAUUGGUAAGUACAUACUUUUUAAAAGAGGGCUUAUUAUUAUUAUUCUGCAGUAUUAGUUUUUUCCUACAUUUUUUUUUUAGCUAGCUUUAGAUGCUAAUCCAGCAAACAGACGUAUUUUUUACGUGGACUUUUUGGUGAAAGUGAUUCAUUUUGAUGGCGAUUUUCGUUAACCUUAAUAAAUUUAUCUAAUGUACUUAAAAUAACAAUAAAUACACAAUUUUGCGUAAAGUUUACUUUAAAAAUAUAUUGUACAUUUAUGUAUAAGUCAAAAAUCCACGCAAUUUUUACAUAAUAUUCAUUUAACUGGUCUCAGUCUGUUUGCUAGAAAUAAAUCAGUUUUUUGUACUAUUAAUUUUUACUGUUUUUUUUUUAUAAAAUAGACAAUGGUUUUUGACUGAGUUAUUCUACAUAUCGCACCUCCGCUCAAAGAGUGUCAUAACUCAAAAAAAUUUAAAAUCGGUUUUAUUGCACCAACAGUUUAAUAAAACUAUAAACUCAUAUCUCACAAAGUGUCACGUUUAUGAGUAAAGUAUUUAUCGUUAGAUGACACUAGUGUCAUUAUACGAUUAUCCAAAAUCAACGACUGAACACAAACAGUGUCACAUAUCGACUUGUGCAAAGCAUUUGUCCAUCUAAGAUGUGUAUAAAGCGUCGUUUGUCGAGUUAAGACAAGGACAAGAGAAAAAAUCUGCGUAUGUGUUCAAGAAAAGUGACACAUUUAUUACUUAUUUAUCUUUCUUUUUGCAGUAUUUUGUGUUUAAUGCUGUUACUUGUAUUUAAAGUUACAUCAUUAAAAAGUACAAGUCUGUUAACCAGAUAAUAAUAUUAUAUUCUGUACUGCAAGUGCCACUUUUAAUAAAUAAUACUUCGUAAAUUUUUCGUUAUUUUAUCUGUCUAGUGUCACAACUAAAAAAAAUAUUUUUAAUAUAUUUAAUACGAUAUUUUAUAGAGCUUCAAAGACCACUGUAGCUGACUAAAAUAGUUAUUCUAAUUUUAAUAGUUUUUGAGUUAAACCCGAAAAUGUUGUAGGACAAACUUUAAACGUCGUUUUCUCGAAACUUUGCUUUUUUGACUUAUGACACUCUGAGCGGAGGUGCGAUAUUUAUUUUAUUGUUCCCUCCAAGUGCCAACUUUUUAUCUUACAGGUUAUAGUUACAGGCUCUUUUUAAACCAUUGGAAAAAAUAUACUUUAUUAGACUUUUAUAUUUAAGAAAAAUGUUGUUUUUUAAACAAAUAAACUAUUUUGGCGA